GUCGGUGUUAUAUUGCUGCUGGUAGGCCUACUGUACAUUGAUGAUGGAUGGCAAUUAAUCAAGAGGUAGAUUGGAAGUGUUCAAGUCCAUGCUUCCAGAAUCCAUCCUUGAACCCUUUGGAAGCUCUCCGAACGACAACGCCCAAGACCCCGCAAGAUAGUCAACAUACAAAACGGACUAUUUCACAUUCCUACAUCUCAUCGAAAGCAGAAAAAAGAAACUAUUAUAUCUAAUCUACUUAAUCCUUUAAUACAUCGCCUACUUUGAAUUGUCAAGUUCCCCCGUCCAUUUCGCGCUCAUGGCAUCGGAAAUCCCUGACGACACCAGCACAACCGCACCCGCAGCAGAAGAAUCCUCCCUAAACCGUUUCCCACGAGAUCCUUCUGAAUUCGACAGUGACCCCCGGAUUUCAUUUUCGAAGCUUGAUAAUAAGUUUAUCUUGGAGACGGAGGAUGGGCAGGAAUACGAAUAUGAUACCGCGUUGAAGAGGUGGAUUCUUUCAGUCGAUGAUGAUUUACUGCAGCAACAGCAGGAAGCGUAUAAAGUUGCCGGUGUAGAUGAGCAGGAGGAAAGCAAACAGCAGCUGAAGAGGAAGCGGAAGUCCAAGGAUAUUGCACAAAAACCCAAGAAGCCUCGAGUCAACACUGCGGUUUUCGUCACCUCCAUUCCUCUCGAUGCUACGUUCGACGAGAUCCGAGACGUCUUCUCCAAAUGCGGCGUCAUCGCCGAGGAGAUAGAUAGCGGUCGACCGCGGAUCAAGAUGUACACGGACGAGAAGGGUCUGUUCAAGGGCGAGGCCCUCGUCGUGUACUUCCGGCCGGAAUCUGUCAACCUUGCCAUACAGAUGUUAGACGAGUCCAACUUCAGAAUAGGAGUCAUAGGGCCACAUGGACCUAUGAGGGUUCAACCAGCAGAUUUCUCCUUCAAAAGUCAACAAGAGGCGCCGGCGCAGAUCACCGCAAGGGAGAAACAAAGGAUCAUUCGGAGGACACAGAAGUUAAACAAUAAGCUGGCCGACUGGGAUGAUACAGAUCCAUCCUCGUUACCGGAGACGAACUCGAGAUUUGAGAAGGUCGUAAUACUAAAGCAUAUGUUUACUCUGGCGGAGCUGGAGGAGGACCCAGCUGCGAUUCUUGAUAUUAAGGAAGAUAUCCGCGAUGAAUGUUCGAAGUUGGGAGAAGUCACAAACGUUGUGCUAUAUGACAAAGAAUCUGAAGGGGUCGUGAGCGUACGAUUUACAGAUCCGGAAGCUGCAAGGCAGUGUGUGAGGGUUAUGGACGGUCGUUACUUCGCCGGCACCCGAGUAGAAGCCUACAUCUUCGACGGCAGCGAGCGAUUCAAAAAGAGCAACGAAAAGCGAGCGGCUCUUGAGGAUAUGGCCGAGCGAGGCAUUGAGGCCGAAGACCAGGAGGAGAGGGAUCGACUGGACGAGUUUGGGACCUGGCUGGAAAGCUCUCAUGUUGUGGAAAAUGCAGCAAAAUAAGCCCUGGAGCUUUCUUGGAAUUGACUAGUCAUGGUAGACGACCAUCCGUAGAAGUCACUGAAGCGGGGAGCUGGAGUUGGGCAUCAAGCUUGGGGUGUUGUACAAUGGCGAUUCAAGACCAUUUGUCCUAUGCAUCCACGGAUCUCGUAGUUGUCUACUCUACUUAGCUCCUUUUAUGGUCUGACCCAGCGGAAAGUUGUCCCUGCGCGGGAAGAACCGUUUCCUGGCCCGUGCUGCUGUUGUUGUUCUCCAAACCCGCACAAAACGACGCCGCCCAACGCCUCCUCACCGCUCUUGCUCCGUCCCAUCCCAACUCUCUUUCCCCCUUCUUUUCCCUCACCCC